AUGCUCUCAUUUCCGAGGCGUUUCCAUUACUUAAACAUCUCCGUUAAAAUACGCUGGCGUCACGCAGCAGAGAUGAAUAGUGUUUGCGCUUUUAGACAGAGAAUCAGUACAGAACUGUGACUUACAGGAAGCGCUCAACUCCAACUCAAGGACACCUAACCACUACAGAUUUAUUUCAAUGGCCUCAGGUAUGGCAGAGUUGCUACAGUUGCUCCUGAGCGUGGCAGAAAAAGCUGCCAAUGUGGCACGGGUCUGUCGACAGGAAGCACUGCUUUUUGAACUUUUGGUACAAGAAAAGACUGGAGCUGACAAAAACAAGAAAUUUGUCCAGGACUUUAAGACGCUUGCUGAUGUGUUGAUACAGGAAAUGAUUCGCCAUGAUGUUUGUGCCCAGUUUCCUGAAUUGACUGGAUUUAUUCAAGGAGAGGAGUCAAACAAGUUUGAGAAUGGACUUGGGGAGAGUAUCACUGUGACAUUAUGCGCUCAGGAAGAGGACACAACUGCUCUGUUGGCUAAAGUUCUGGAUGGUGAUCAAAACGCAGCGUCCCUCCUGACCAAGGUGAUCCACCAGGACCUUCAGAUUAAAGACGAGACGGCUGAAUCUCUGCAGCUGUCAAUCAGCCCAGCCGAUGUGGGCAUCUGGAUUGAUCCCAUCGAUGGAACAAGUCAGUACAUUGAAGGGAAAGAGGAAGAAGAGCCGGAUGUAGGCUUUUGUCCAUUCGGUCUUCCAUGUGCUCUGGUUCUGAUUGGGGUUUACUUGCGGUCCACUGGCCAGCCGGUCAUGGGUGUCAUAAACCAGCCAUUCAACCGCAAAGACUCCACGGGUAAAGGGUGGAAAGGCCAGCAUCUCUGGGGUGUUUCGUAUGGAGAUGUGAACGUUUGCUCCUUCAAGCAUCGCAGGCCGUCGUGUCCACGAAAGAAAGAAGAUUUGUCUGUGCUGCUGAGCUCCAGUGAGAGGCCGGCUGUGAAGGAUGCUCUAGCAGCCAUUCCCAGCGUCUCACUGAUGUACGCGUCCGGUGCGGGAUACAAGAUCCUGUGUGUGGUCCAGGGUCUGGUGGAUGUGUAUGUGCUCUCCGAGGGCAGCACGUUCAGGUGGGACUCGUGCGCUCCUCAUGCACUUCUGCGGGCGCUGGGCGGAGGCAUCGCGGACCUGAGUGAGUGUAUUCAUGCCCACGUCAACGGAAACAGGGGACACACAGCUGAACUGACCUACCAUCAACCGCACACCGAAAGUCAAGGUGUGGACAGAUGGGCGAACCGAGGAGGAAUAAUCGCAUAUUUGGACUCCAGCAUAAUUGAUAAAGUUGUGGCGGCAAUUGCUGGAAAGAUAUGAUAAAAAUAUUAUGAUACUGAAAUGCAAGAGUUUAGUGUAUGCAAGUGUUUGCUUGUAUUUUUUAUGCAUAAUCCUAUGUCGUUUUUAUGUUAAGAUUUAAUGGCAUAAUCAAAUAUUAAU